CUGCAAACCCUAAGCUCAAAAGUCACAUGGUCUCCUUUCCUCGUCCUAUCAUUUAACAUACGUUGUAUCCAACCCGACGAAGAAGGGUGCGUUGCCAUCACACAAUAUCUCGCCUGUAUGUCAGUACAUGUAUCUCUGGUUUGCAUCCCGAUCAUCCUUUCUUGCACUGAUCACAAUCCAAUCGAAGACUGAAUUGGAGACGAUUCUUGAUUUUCCUUUCCAGUGCCUGCCAAGCAGUGAAACAUUGUGGUGACCAAAAAUUCGUAGUAGAAGUUUUGUCAAUGGAGAAAGCAAAAGAUCCUAGCCUCUUUGUUAAUGAUGGUUCAUUCAUGGAGAGGUUUAAACAGCUUCAACAAGAGAAGGAUAAGGAGAAGGGGAAGACAGACACUGAAUUAAAGAGUUCAAAAGUAGCUUCAAAUUUGUCAGGAACUUCAACUCCCAAGCUUAUCAUUAAUAAAACAAGCUUUGCAUUAAAGGGCAAUGAAUCUCGAAAGCCCACUCCUGCUCCUUCUGGUGGGAAACUUGCAUUCAGCCUAAAACAGAAGUCUAAAAUUGUGGCACCUUCUGUUAAGUUGGGUGAAGAUGAGGAUGAGAAUGAAAAGGAUGCUGGAAAUCCUUCUGGAGAUGCCCCAUCUAAACGGCAAAAGUUGGAUGAGCCCGUUGGUUCUGUGCAAUCAUUGAGGCAAUUUGAUGUUGCACCACCUCCGCCAAGUGAUCCUACAGUGAAGAAAGUUGCAGACAAAUUGGCAAGUUUUGUGGCCAAGAAUGGAAGGCAAUUUGAGGAUAUUACACGCCAAAAGAAUCCUGGAGACACUCCCUUUAAGUUCUUAUUUGAUGAUAGUUGUCCUGAUUACAAAUACUAUGAAUAUCGGCUUGGUGAAGAGGAAAAGGCUCUGUCACAAACCACUGACUCUCAAACUGCACAAAGUGGAGGUACAAAAACUUCUUACUCAAGUUCAAGUAGCGGAUCUCAAAGGUCAUAUCAGCAACGCUCGAAUUAUCAAAUUCCAGCAUCAGCUUUGUAUGGUACAGCAGAUGCUUCUAGAGAGGAUGCAUAUACUGGAAGAUAUGGUGAACCUAAUCCUCCAACAGCAGCAGAUCCAAUAGCAAUGAUGGAGUUUUACAUGAAGAAGGCUGCACAAGAAGAGAAAUUGAGGCCCCUAAAGUCAUCAAAGGAUGAGAUGCCUCCACCCCCUUCCCUUCAAGUUGCUGCUUCUUCUGGCAAGAAAGGGCAUCAUAUGGGAGACUAUAUCCCACCCGAAGAGCUUGCAAAGUUCAUGGCUAACUGCAAUGAUGCUGCUGCGCAGAAAGCAACCAAGGAGAUUGCUGAGAGGAACAAAAUUCAGGCCAAUAAUAUCGGUCACAAACUGUUAUCAAAAAUGGGAUGGAGAGAAGGUGAAGGUCUGGGAAGCUCUAGAAGCGGUAUUGCUGAUCCAAUUACAGCAGGUGAAGUAAAGUCAAACAACCUCGGGGUUGGUGCUCAUAAUCCCGGGGAGGUCACUCCAGAAGACGAUAUCUAUGAGCAGUACAAGAAGCGGAUGAUGCUGGGCUAUCGAUACAGGCCAAAUCCUUUGAACAAUCCUCGGAAAUCGUAUUACUGAGACGAUUUCUUGAUCUCUCCAAUCGUAUCUGCCAUGGAAUGCUGUAAUAACACCUCUGCAUCAAAGCACCCCAGCUCUCGGUCUAUAUUGUUUUUCAGGAAAAGAAUCCACUUUUAAAGUUUGUGUCCUUACAGAUUGAAUGACUUCCCUGCAAAUUUGUAUUAAGUGUUGAAAUUAAACUUGCUUGCUUAUUUAUCAUAAUGGCCCA